AUGCAUUCAAUAUUGACAAAGUCAGGAUUAUCGGCUUACCGAAACGGCGCUAAAAUACGAUGCAGUCUGCUCGCACAUCUUCGCAAUGUUAGCAAAGAAGCUGUUGUAGAAUCGAAAUACGAUCUUUAUCGGCUCGAUAAAGGACCGUCUGAAAAAUCGACCUUAAAUGUGGAAGACGCUACGUACGCUUUGAAGAAAAUGAACUACAUACGCCGGAUGGAGAACAAAGCCGCGGAAUUAUACAGACAACGGCUUAUCAAUGGUUUUCUGCACUUAUACGUUGGUCAGGAAGCUAUAGCCAUAGGUCUCAAAAUGGCCUUAACAAAACCGGACACCGUUAUCACGGCAUACAGAUGUCACGGUUUUGCCGUUGCAUUCGACAUCUCGGCUCGCACAAUUCUCGCAGAACUUAUGGGCCGCAAAACGGGCACGGCGAAAGGCAAGGGCGGUUCCAUGCACAUGUAUGCGCCGCAAUUUUACGGUGGUGACGGUAUCGUUGGCGGGCAGGUUCCUAUCGGUACUGGUAUCGCCUUGGCUCACAAGUAUAACGGCACAGGCGGUGUGUCCUUCACGUUGUACGGUGACGGUGCAGCGUCGCAGGGUCAGAUCUACGAAGCCUGGAAUAUGGCGAAGCUUUGGAAUCUGCCGGCGAUCUACAUCUGUGAAAAUAAUAAAUACGGUAUGGGCACAGCCGUGCAUCGACACUCCGCCAAUACGGAGCUUUACACACGCGGAGAUCUCAUACCAGGAAUAAAAGUCGAUGGAAUGAAAAUCAUGGACGUGCGAGAAGCCGCACGCUUUAGUAGAAACUAUGCGCUCAGGAAUGGACCGAUUGUAAUAGAAGUUGUAACUUAUCGCUAUUUUGGACACAGUAUGAGCGAUCCUGGUUACAGUUAUCGUACCCGAGAAGAGAUUAAAGCUAUCCAAACCGAGCAAGAUCCGAUAAUGUUGUUCACGAAGCUCGUCAUAGAAAAGGGACUUAUGACCGAGAAAAAGGUCCAGAGCAUACGAGAUACAGCAUACAAGCAAGUUGAUCAAGAAAUGGAGCAAGCCAAGUCCGAUCCGUGGCCAGAAAUAUCAGAAAUCUCAAGCAAUGUAUAUGUCAAACCACUGGAGAAGAUUCGCGGCAAAAUUCCUUGGGAAUUAUACUAAUAAAAACAAUAUCGUAUAAUUUUCCAUAAUUCUCUUGUAAUUAAAUAUUUUUU